GUAGUGGAGACCUUGCUACAACACUAUUAAAAAUCUUCCCUCUUUGUGCAAUGAGGUUUGUAGAAUAGUGAGAUUCUUUGGUAUGUGAAUAUUCCUGAUGGUGGGAAUGCUGGGGUGAUGUAUCUCACUGUGAGCUGGUACUUGGCUAUUUGCAUAACAUGGCAGUUCUGUAUAUUCUUUUGGCUAACUGUAAAUAUAAAUGUUUCAUAAUAGCUUAGUUGAAUUUUUGAGGUACAGCUGUUUGUGUGAGAUUAGAAAAGUUUAUUUCUAAGAACUUGUAAAAAAAAAAAGUAUUUUCAAUAAAAUUCCCUACCUCACCUCUACUGUGCAGAAAUGAUCCCAUUUUCCUAUGUUUAAUUUUUCCAACUUCAUUAGUAAACACUAAGAUCCCCUUUCAGUUACUGGCAAAGCAUUGCUAGUUUCCAUCAAAUUACUCAAAUAAUGGAAAGCUGGAAAGUCUGAAGUCUUACUUGUUUCCUUUAUUUCCAUUACAUUGAUCAGCUAUUUGGUACCUGAAAAUCAAAUUCCAGACAUUUUGUACUACCUUAAACUGCUCCUUCUCUGUACCUUGGGGGCAGAGCCUGUGCAUGGUAGUAACAGUGGAGGGGUUUUCAGUCUUAUUUCUCUUUUUAGCAGUGAGGGGGCGGGUGACAGUGCUACACCGUGCAUUCUUUCUUAGACCUUACAAGGAAGGGUUCCCAGUCCUUGUUUUGCAGGGAAAGUGGACUUUGUUUGCUUUCUUUAAUUUGAUGUAAAUGCACAUAAUCAGUUCUAAAAAUUUAUGUCUUGAGCCUUGGAAGUUAUGUCAGACUGAAGUAGCUAGUUAAUUCCUCCUUUCUCUGAAAGGCUUAACUCCUUACACCUUAAAGACAUAAUUGUGCCAGGAGUCUUCUCUCCCAUUGCUACUGGGAGUGACUUUCUCUGGCUUCUGAAGUGGAUCUCCAACCUAAAUCCAAACUAAAUCGAUAACCUUGAAACUCAGUGUGGGGGUUUGACUCCCCUAUACUCCUGCACUUGUAACAGCAACACUGAUGUUGCCAUAGUUCAGACAUUGUGUUUUCUGAGAAACCUCUAAAAUUCCUUAGCUGUCCCGUGGUGCAGUCCCUGUGGGAAGGGAGCAAUAGGAGGGGAAGGCACUGGAGUGUGUCCUGGGGCCCUUCCUUGGGAGAACUCUGGUUCUUUGCUGUGUGCAAGAGCCAGAGCUUUGAUAGCAGUGCUGUAGGAAUUGCAUGGGUUCCUGCGGAGCUUUCUGGAACAGCACUAAAUUUGAACCCAAAUAAUCUCAAGAGACUCUAGAGUUUUCGGGGACCAGGCUCUGCUUCCUUGGAAAGAGAGGCAGAUGUGUGCAUUUUUAGAUGCAAAUCUUUACUACCACUGCUGGUGGUAGUUCCAGAGCAGUGUAACAGCGGGGCCGGCUGCCCGUGGCCCCGCCCUGCUGAGGCGACAGCCCCGGUCCCGCUGCGGGGAGAGAAAGCCCGGCUGCCCCUGCCCUCACACGGGACAGGGCUGUGCCCUCAGCUGCUGGAGCUGGGCUCCAAAUCCUGGGGAAAGCCGCAGCCACAGCCUGGCAGGCUGCGUGCACUGCAAUGGCUCCUUACUGGUGUCAGAAAGGAAGGUGUAGCCUUUAAACCAGCAAAGCUUGCCCUGCUCUGCUAUAAAUAAUGAAGCAAAUUGUGACCCUGCUCACUGAGUAGCUCAGUCUCAUGAAAAAAACAAGCAGUUUUCAGGAUUUCACACCCUUUCCCCUUGUUACAAUGGAUACCUGGAAUUAGGCACCUGGAUUUUGGUGCGGCAAUCUCUGAUCUCCUCAAGUAAGAAAUAUGCAAAAUUAGACUUGUUUGUAGGCUGCUCCACCAGACCGGCUCAGCCAAGUGACCCAGGGCUCCCCAGAUGAACACAGGGCUUGGCUUAGCUGUGCUGGGCCCUGAGCUCUGCUGCGAGCACAGCUCUGAUUAAACUGAAAUACCUUUCUUGCAAGUGCUGGCCUUAAACUGACACCUCAUUCUUGAAGUCUGGUUAAGCAAAAAUGUGCUUUCACAUUUUGAUUAAAACCUCAGGUUCAAGUUUUACAAACCUCUAAUGAUUAUUUUCAGUGUAAUUAACUGGAUUAAACAUGACAGAUUGCAAAUAACUGGUAACCUUAAUAUUGGAGAACUCCAACAAGAGAUGUUAGCUUUGCUUGUAAGCUGUGCAUAAGAAGGGGGGUUUGUAAUGCUGACCUUUUUAAAUUAAUUAUAUAUUCUAGAGCAUUCCCAUUCUUUCCUUGCUUAUGACUCUCAUCUCAGUUUCAUUUCAUGCUAAAUAAACCCUCAUAUUU